AUAAUUAUAGAAAACCAUCUAUUACUGCUCUAUUGCACAAAAAUAUAAUAAACAUAUUUUCACGUCCUCUAAGCAAUUGCUUAUCUGAUUAUGUGGACAGAGUCCCUAAUGUUUCGAAAAUUCCGUUAGUCAUUGUAUUUAAAUGACAUUCAUCAUUCCAAGAUGAGUAAAUAUUUGAAAAGUCCCCAUAAAUACAGUUUUCUAUACGCUCUUCACUUUUCCCAGUCCAGGAAUUGGUGUUGAUCUUGCUCCUAACUGGCAGAAGUUAAAGUCAUGGUGGAAGAGUACCUGCAGGGCGAGUGUCAUAUUUUCCAACUCUUCUGAUUGUCACCCCUUGUCCUCAGUUCUGUCUGCACGUGGAGCCUGAUACGAUAUCAGCGUAUUCUCGAGUGGUAGAAUAAUUUCUCAAAAGAACAAAGGACCCAUUCAGAAUAAUUUCGCAUUGCUUUGUGUAAUGAAGAGCUAUAGAAAAUCAUUAUCAGAAUCUGUAUAAUCCAAAAGUUUGAUAAUUUCACAAAAAGACAACGAUCAUGUCGGUUCGGGACACCUUGCUGCUGAUCUUCUUCAUGACGAUUCUAACGAACGAUGUUCAGAGUCGUCCAGACCUCGACUGGUUUGACAGUGUAGCUGUUCGUCUGUUUCAUUCCGGUCAUACACACACAGCUAUAAUUAUAAAUCAAAGGAGUUCAGAUAAUGCUGACACUGUGAAAAACGAAUUAUUUCCGAAAAUCAUGGAGACUGUUCCAAGUGUUGUGGUUGAAAUGGAUAAUGGAGUCAUUAAGUGGAAACCAUUGGAGUUUGGUGUUAUCAAUAAGUACACCACUGCUUUGCUGUUCAUAGUCUAUGCGGAUUAUUCUGGAGACAAUGGACAAAUAUAUGAAGUGAUGCGUGAGGUGAAUCAACUGCCAGACUUGUCGAUCAAUUACCUUCUCGUCAUACUGAGAACAUCUGGAAACGUGGUAAGAGGUAUAGAAAAUAUUUUACAGCAUGCCUGGAACGAAUCAAUGUCGAACAUUUUGAUUGUCGAGAAUCAACAGGUGAAGAAAAUCCACAAAAACAAGGAAGUAUCAGCAGACGAUACGAAAUUUGGUUGUAAAAAGUUGGCAUGCUAUGGAGUGAAUAGCAAAAUCAUCGACGACAGCUCAGUCCAAGUGAUUAUGCAUCAGUUCAAUUUUUUCGCCAAAAUAUUUUAUCAUCAGGUGUUCCAAAGUGGUAUUGAGAUAUUUCCAAAUUUUGGAAAAAAUAGGCACGGCCAUCCACUAGUGGUAUGGCCUCCCCGUAAUUUCUACCGACCAGUUGUCAAAAAUAUGGCUCCAGUAUUGAACUUUACGAUCUUGGAAGUUUAUGAUAAGAUGAAAGCCGAUAUGUUGUACGGGGCGGAAAUUAUGUUCGAUGAUAAUCCGAUAUUACCAAAUUUCACUGUACCAGACUUGAUGCGGUCAAUAGAACUCGUGAUGUUAAUUCCAAACACAUAUAAGUUAAACACAACGCUGAUCAACAAAUCUAUUGCGAUUAUGAGUCUCUUAUUUGCCAUCAUUGGGACCAUUUCGUUACUGGCAGUUCUUCUAAAGUUGGAUCAGAAAAUUUGGAAUACAUCAAAUCUUUUUGCUAUGAUGUUCUCAAUUACUGUCAGUUCUAAGCCUUCUAGAACGAAUCAAAGAAUAUUAUUCUUGCUCAUUGUCAUUUUGGGCUUCCUGUACUCCAGUGACGUCUACAGUUCAUUAACAAAUAUAGGGACUGAUCCGCUAUUGAUAGCACGAACAUACAAUACAUUCGAGGAUAUUGAUGAAACAGGCCUGUACUUGAAGAUGACUAAUUUCGAUUUUCAUAUUUUCAUAGGAGCAGAAGAUGCUAAAUUGAACUUGAAACAUAAGGUUUUCAUCUAUAAUGAGCUAUUUGCCGACGAAAUGAAUAACCCAACAAAUUUUUGUUAUUUACUAACCAAAAAAAAAGCCUUUCAUUUUAAAAAUAAAUGUGCUUCAAUGAACCGUCAAGAGCUUUGGACAGUAGGAAAGCCAAUUUUUGGCUAUUACAAACGCAAUAUCUAUUUUCAUCACGGUUUACCUGGUCAACAACAAUUGAGAAAUACUAUGACACGAUUUCGCGAAUCCGGCCUCUUGAAUCGUUGGUUUUCCGAUACUGACAAUGGGACCAUGUACCGUAACGAUAAAAAUGAUAUAGCAAACGGGAUAAAUAAAAAAUCGGAAACUAAGUUUCUGAAAUUUCUUAUUAUACUUAAUGUUUUCGGAAUUUCUCUCGCCUCGAUCGUAUUUAUUGGAGAACUGCUGGUUUAUCAUGUCAAAAAGCUGAUUGAGAAGCUCCACAUUGUGUCUACGCAGCGUGCUAAGAAGAAAACGAUACACAGGAAGUAAUGAUCUGUAAUUCAUUAUUUUCACUUUUUGUCUCCAUUGGAAGCCAUUAACGAUCUUUACUGUUGAUCUCGUCACUUGGAGAAAUCCAAGCCAUAUGGCUUCUCAGAACAAGGGGACUCCGAGAGACACAGCUUUCCGUUCAUAGUUUAAAUAAUAAUAUUUAUGUAUAAAUUCAAAAAGAGUAUUAAAAAUAAAUAUUAGAAAACGAGUUCCUAAAAGUCA